GCACUUACUAAAAUGGCUGCCUUGUUACGGAAGCCGGUCGAUAGCAUCGUUUUUCGUGUAUUUUUGUGCUUUUCGCUGCCUUUUCAGUUAAAAUGUACUAUAAAUGAUACAUUUUCAGAAGAACUGUAUAUUAAGUCUCUUGAAAGGGGACAUGUUUUGAACCAUUUUCAGUUUACAACGAUUUGGAAUGCAUCGAUUGAAGACGAAACAACAUUUCUCCAUUACCGCUACUUCCCAAAGGCAUUAGGAGAUGUGUUGGCAACAUACAGAGUUCAGGAACUGCAUUUGUCCCAGACACAAGGACAGUGGAACUAUGAGCACUGGGGAUACCCUCCAGAGGAUGCCCCGCCUGGUGUGGAGCUCUGGGUCUGGUUCCAGCCUCAGUCAAACAACUUGGAUCAUAUGUGGGCUGAACUGGUAAACGCUUUAUCAGGUCUUUUCUGUGCGUCACUAAACUUCAUGGAUACGAAGACUACAGUGAUGCCACGCUGGAGUUUCCGGCCAUCUGGAAUCGCUGCAGAGUAUUACAGCUUUGACUCUCGAUUCAUGCGCUUUGCUGCUCUGCCUCGUGAAAUAGUGUGCACAGAAAAUCUCACUCCUUGGGAAAAGCUGCUUCCAUGUGAAUCUCAGGUGGGCCUGGCUAGUUUGUUCAAUGCAGUGAGACUGUAUGACUCCAGCUUCCACUCCCUGGGUCUCCACUUUAGACCAGUGUGCCAGGAUGGCAGUUGUACCAGUGCAGGCAUAGAGUUGAAGCAGACAUUGACAGUUGUCUUCAAUACAGCCAUGGCCAAUAGAGGCAAGGUCAAAGACCACCAAAAUUGGAGUUUGAAGUCAAUGUUUGAGCGCAGUCUUCACAACACCUGCCCCCUUGCCAGCGAGAGCAAACUGUAUGUGGACACUUCAAUACAUCCUGCUCCUAAGACUGCCCUUGACCCAUCCCCAGAUGAGGUGUUGAUCACGAGACGCGGCGGAGAGAGGCGUAUGUACUCCGUGUACGACUUGAAGAAUCACACCUCAGGGGGGCGCACAUUCAACCUGCAGGCAGGGUACAGUGGGCCGGUUGUCUAUGGGGACGUUACCCCACCCCCUCUGUAUGCUCAGAGGUUUGUGACAGGCUAUGGGUUGGAGAAGGGGGGCAUCACAUGCAUCCUGUACAACACCCUGGACACGAACCUUACCGUCAUCUACAUGGAGACCAUACCCUGGUACCUCCGCAUCUACUUCAGCUCCAUUAAAAUUGAAGCGUAUGGGAUACCAGUCAAGCCAUAUAAAACCCACUUCAUCCCUGGCAAGGACCGCAGCCAGCCGUACCAGCUCGAGCUCGUGUUCCGCCUGCGCCCUCUCUCUGUGACCAAGAUCUCCAUGGAGUUUGACCGAGCCUUCCUAAAGUGGACGGAGUACCCGCCGGACGCCAACCACGGUUUCUACGUCAACUCUGCGGUCAUCUCUGCCGUGCUGCCAUCCGGUUCCCAGUACACUGCAGUGCCUCAGAGUGGUUCCCUCUUCAGAGACAGCCUAUCAGACAACUCGGGUCAAUUCUUCCUGCGUCUGCACACAGAGAGCCUGCUGGUCUCCCUGCCAACCCCUGACUUCAGCAUGCCCUACAACGUGAUCUGCCUGGCGUGUACUGUGGUUGCCAUAGCGUUCGGUUCCCUGCACAACCUCACCACGCGAAGCCUGGCUGCAGUGGACCCAGAGAAAACGAAGAAAAACCCGCUGCAGAGGUUGAAGGCCUUCUUACAUGGGAGGAAAUCUCAGGAGAAGUCGAGCCAAGAAGUUAAAGGGGAAGUUGUUGAUGAAGACGGUGCUGACAAAAGUGUGGAAAAUGAUGAGAAUAAAAGUUCUGGGGAUACUGGGGACAGUGUUCGUAAAAGAACUGUUACGGUUAAAGAUGUUACUGAAGAUGUCAGUAGUUCGUGAUCCUAAUUUUUAGCUUGGCUGUUUUCAGAGAAAACCCGAGGUAUUGUCAUAGCCAGCUCUUCGUCAGCCGUCCGCGGUAGGCGUCGUGCUAAACCCUUAACAUUGGCUCUAAAAUCAAAGUGCUUCCACCUACAACUUUGAAACUUUAUAUGUAGAUGCACCUUGAUGAGUUAUACACGCCACACCCAUUUUUGGGUCACUAGGUCAAAGGUCAAGGUCACUGUGACCUCUAAUAUAAAACUUUAACAUAGGCUCUAAAGUCAAAGUGCUUCCACCUACAACUUUGAAACUUCAUAUGUAGAUGCACCUUGAUGAGUUCUACACGCCACACCCAUUUUUGGGUCACUAGGUCAAAGGUCAAGGUCACUGUGACCUCUAAAAAAAAAAAACAUUCUGACAAGCUUUCGCAGCCGAGCGUGGCACCC